AUGCUAAACGAAAUCGCGCUGGGCGCGCUGCUCUGGCCGGCGGCCGGCUCCUGGGAACUCACCAUCCUGCACACCAACGACGUGCACAGCCGGCUGGAGCAGACUAGCGAGGACUCGAGCAAGUGCGUGAAUGCCAGCCGCUGUGUAGGCGGCGUGGCCCGGCUCUACACCAAGGUGCAGCAGAUCCGCAGCUCCGAGCCCCAUGUGCUGCUGCUCGACGCCGGCGACCAGUACCAGGGCACCAUCUGGUUCACAGUUUACAAGGGCGCUGAGGUGGCGCACUUUAUGAACGCCCUACGCUACGAUGCCAUGGCACUGGGAAAUCAUGAAUUUGAUAAUGGUCCAGAAGGUCUGAUUGAUCCACUUCUCAAAGAGGCCAGAUUUCCAAUUUUGAGUGCAAACAUUAAGGCAAAGGGGCCACUAGCAUCUCAAAUAUCAGGACUUUAUUUUUCAUAUAAAAAUCUUUCUGUUGGUGGUGAAGUUGUGGGAAUUGUUGGAUAUACUUCAAAAGAAACCCCUUUUCUCUCAAACCCAGGAACAAAUUUAGUAUUUGAAGAUGAAAUCACUGCAUUGCAACUUGAAGUGGAUAAGCUAAAGACUCUAAAUGUGAACAAAAUUAUUGCACUGGGACACUCUGGUUUUGAAAUGGAUAAACUCAUUGCCCAGAAAGUGAAGGGAGUAGACGUCGUGGUGGGAGGACACUCCAACACGUUUCUUUACACAGGCAAUCCACCUUCCAAAGAGGUGCCGGUUGGGAAGUACCCAUUCAUAGUCACCUCCGAUGAUGGACGGAAGGUUCCUGUGGUCCAGGCCUAUGCUUUCGGCAAAUACCUAGGCUAUCUGAAGGUUGAGUUUGAUGAAAAAGGAAACGUCAUCACUUCACAUGGAAAUCCCAUUCUUCUCAACAGCAGCAUCCCUGAAGAUCCAAAUAUAAAAGCAGACAUUAACAAAUGGCGGGUAAAAUUAGAUAAUUAUUCUUCCCAGGAAUUGGGGAAGACGAUUGUCUAUCUGGAUGGCUCCACUCAAACAUGCCGCUUUAAAGAAUGCAACAUGGGCAACCUGAUUUGUGAUGCUAUGAUUAACAACAACCUUAGACACUUGGAUGAAACGUCCUGGAACCACGUGUCCAUGUGCAUUUUAAAUGGAGGUGGCAUUCGGUCACCCAUUGACGAGCGGAACAAUGGCACUAUCACCUGGGAGAACCUAGCUGCUGUGUUACCUUUUGGAGGUACCUUUGACCUGGUCCAGUUAAAAGGUUCCACCCUGAAGAAGGCCUUUGAGCACAGUGUGCACCGCCACGGCCAGUCCACCGGAGAGUUCCUGCAGGUGGGCGGAAUUCACGUGGUGUAUGAUCUUUCCCAAAAACCUGGGGACAGAGUGGUCACGUUAGAUGUUCUUUGCACCCGGUGUCGAGUGCCCAGUUACGAGCCUCUCAAAAUGGAUGAGGUAUAUAAAGUGGUCCUCCCGAGCUUCCUUGCCAGUGGUGGAGAUGGAUACCAGAUGAUAAAAGACGAAGUGUUACAACAUGACUCAGGUGACCAAGAUAUCAACGUGGUUUCUCAAUACAUCUCAAAAAUGAAAGUAGUUUAUCCAGCAGUUGAAGGUCGGAUCAUGUUUUCUACAGGAAGUCGUUACCAUGGAAGCUUUUCUCUAAUAUUUCUCUCACUUUUGGAAAUUAUCAUUGUUUCAUACCAAUAGCCAAAAACUCAUGUUGCCAUUAAUGUGUGGAAUUGGGUUUUUUUCUCAAGAGAUUUAAGCCUGCCUUUUAGGAACUGGCUUUGCGAUGGUUCAGACCAUCCUCUCAGGCUCCUAGAAGCUGAGCUUACAGGGUCAUAAGUGAUCACUCAGGGUCAAUAACUUAGUGAACACACAGGAAAAGAAUUUAAAAUGGACUCUAUGAGGGGAAGGCCAACCAUCUUUAGUUUAUACAUGCAAAUUUUAAUUAAAUUUUAUUAACAAUUUUUAAACCUCAGAAAUCAUUUUUCUCCCUUAUAACCAUUCUAAUACAGCAAACAAUUUAUGUUUAUAUAGAACUUUAUCAUUUACAAGGGAGUUUUAAGCACAUUAUCUUAUUUGAUGCCCAUAACUUACUUUGGUAGGCUAGGCAGGUGUUGUUUUUCCCAUAUGACAGAUGAGGAAACUAAAGCUCAGAAAAGGUUGACUUAUUCAAGGCCAUACAAUUAAAAGAGACAGAUCUAAGACUUGUACCUAGGUCUUCUGACCGCAAGUCCAGUGCUCCUUCAAUUAUAUCCAAUUGCUGUUCAGAAUGAUAGUUGGUCUCAUCUCUUUAUAUCUAGCAAUAGCCCCAAGCUCAUGAAUGACAAAUCUCUGCUUUAUUUCUGGUCUCUGUUUUUUUCCUUUUUAGCUCCUGCUGUUAUAGCAAGUUUAAUGGACUAAACACAGGGUAGCAUUCUCUCUUGUACCCAUGUGCCUUUGAUAAGUCAGGGAACAAAUGAUGCAGCAGCCAGUGGGAAAGGCCAGAGGUUGCAAGUCAAGGGGCAGGGAGAAAGGGAAGAACAGGGCACCCAGGAAUGAUUUACGUUACAGAAGAGAAAGACCUAAAGGAUAUUUAGAUUUGUUAGAUAAGUAUUUGCUAAAAGAGUAGCAGCACAGUGCCUGAUACAUAGUAUUUAAGAUGUUAAUAAUUUUACGAGAUUCCAUCAGUUCUGCCCCUAUGCUCUUUCCUCCUUUCUUCCUAACAUAAAAGUGUCAUAAGAGAAACCUUCUAAGAUGAGGUAUAAUUCUAAACCUGCACCUGUCCUUCGCCAGCAAGUGCCAGCACUGUAUUUAUUCUAAUCGUGACACACGUGCGCGCAUGCACACAUGUGCACACACACACACUCAUACACACACACACACACACACACACACACUCCUCCUCAGUUACGGAAAACCUAGAAGGGACACAAGGGUUGACUUUUAAAAUGAUAUACAACAGAACUUUGAAGUCAGCUCUGCCUCCAAAUCAAACAAACAAUCCUCUUAAAUCAUUCUCAAGUACAGAUAUGAAAACUGCCUAGGAAUGAGCCCCUCUGAGUGAGUGCUCAGGAAAUAUCCAGACUGAUGAGAUUUUUGUCCCAAGAACAAACACUUGCUUAAGGUGGUAGUAGGACCAUGUGAAUCUACUUAGCAUUGCAUAAAUGAUCCAACAAAAAUGGGAGCCUUCACCUUAAAAUAAUAGUAAGCAAACAGCAACUAGAGGUUUGCAGAGGGAGUAUGUUUGUUUCUUAAAGUUUACAAAUAUUAAGUACUCUUGAUACAAAAUAUAUUUUUAAAUUUAAUAAACUGUAUAAAAGUUGUUACAAGAAAAUAACCCCCUCAGUUCUAUGAAUAUACAGAUUAGCUAUAAACAAAUGUCUAUAAGAUUGUAAGAAAAAUUAGGGUAAGGUGCAAUUAGGGUAUAUUUUAUAUUUUAUGCUUAGCCUAGUAAAAUAGGAUAAAUCCUAUUACAGCAAAAAUUUUUAAAGAACAUUUUUGUAAGUUUUCUAAAUAUGUGUGCAUGUAUUGUACAGUGGUUGAAGAAAUUACCUCAAAACACUUUGCUACUGUAGAUUCCAAACAAUAAAAUUGAAGAUAUACACUU